CUCAAAUAUUUAUCCAUCCAAUCUCUUUCAAGAUCCAUAACCAUAACAAGCAACAACCAUGUCGAACCCAAACCUCCACCCCCUCAUAAUCCACAAGAGUGUAACCACCACCACCAUGGUCCGUGAAUACCGAAAGGGUAACUGGACCCUCCAAGAAACCCUCACCCUCAUCACAGCCAAGAAGCUGGACGACGAACGGAGGCUCAAAACCACAGCCAGAAACAGUGGUGGCAGCAGCGGAGAACUGAGGUGGAAGUGGGUGGAGAACUACUGCUGGAGGCACGGUUGCUUGCGGAGCCAGAACCAGUGCAACGACAAGUGGGACAACCUGCUCCGAGAUUACAAGAAGGUUCGAGAGUACGAGGCCAAGGCUUCCGACAACAACAAUAAGGAGUUCCCCUCUUAUUGGACCAUGGAAAAGCACCAAAGGAAGGAGCUCAAACUCCCCUCCAACAUGCUCCUUCAAGUCUACCAAGCUGUCACUCAAGUCUUGCAAAGGAAAUCAUCACAUGUUAUUAUUACUCCACUGCAACCUGUGCCAUUGCUAAUAGCUUCUUCCUCGCAUGACACCUCACCUGUGGUGGCUACUCAACCACCGCCGUUAUCAAUCCCGCCGCCGCCACCGCCACCGCCACUUCCUCCACCGCCCCAGCCAGUUUCAGAGGGGUCAGAAUCAAGUGGCACAGAGUACAAUGAUGAGGAUGAUAACUCGGAAUCUAAACGUAGGAAAUUUGAGAAGCUUGGAUCUAGCAUUAUGCACAGUGCAUCAGAGUUGGCACAAGCUCUUGGGAGCUGUGAGGAGAAGAAGGAGAAGAGGCACCAAGAAAUGAUGCAGCUUCAACAGCUUCGACUUCAGAUGGAAGAAACUCGAAACCAAAUGAACCAGCAAGAGUACACCAACCUUGUUUCCGCUGUCACCAACCUCACUGGUGUCAUUCAAUCACUCAUCACUUCCAUGACCAAAGCUAAUAGUGAUGCAUGUUCCUCUUAAUAUUUUAUGGGAAUCACAAAAUUUAUAUAUAUUAAUUGUACCACUCAUCAUUGGA